AUGAAAUGUGGUAACAAUGGUUGUGGAAAGGAGUAUAAUGAGGACAGUGUCAAUCAGUGCUGUUAUCACCCUGGCAGUGCAAUCUUCCACGAGGGUCUAAAGGGUUGGUCAUGCUGCACGAAGCGCGUCAUCGACUUUGAUGACUUCUUGCAGAUUCCUGGCUGUGCGACGGGCGCUCACGUCGAGAAACAACAACAGCCACAGGCUACGACGCCAAAGAGCAUUCACAAGGAGGUCGAGCCUCCCGUCAGCGCCUUUGUAGAUGGUGGCAAGGAGUUCUACGGCACAAAAGACACCAACCGCUUCAUGCCCAAGCCAGUGACACCAACACAGGCUGCAAAGACACCAGUUGUCAUCAAGGACUACGUCGAGGUCAACGAUGCCCCCGCCGCAGUCAUUGCCGUUGGUACACCAUGCACAAGACAAGGUUGCAAAGUUCAGUAUGUCGACGAGUCAUCAAGAACAGAGCAGUGUACCUAUCAUCCUGGCGAGCCAGUCUUUCACGAGGGAUCAAAAGGAUGGUCCUGUUGUAAACCAAAAGCAGCUAUAUUUGAGGAGUUCUUAAAGAUAAAGGGAUGCUACCAUGGUAAGCAUAAGUUUGUUGCUGAGAAAAAGAUCGAUAGCUUUGUUGAGUGCAGGAAUGAUUGGUAUCAAUCAUUCGAGUUUGUAAACAUGUCAAUAUAUGCCAAGGGUGUCAAGAAGGACGAGUCGACUGUGCAGUUCACUGAUGGAAAGACAAUUGAUGUUCACUUGGUGCUUCCCAAUGACAAGUUCUUCAAGAAGACCUAUGUGUUGGGGCACACCAUAAACCCAUCAAAGAGCUCAUUCGCCAUUAUGUCUACCAAGGUGGAGCUGAAGCUAUGCAAGGAUCCACAAGACUCUUGGUCAAAGCUUGAGGACAGCGAGUUGGACUUAUAUAGAUACCAAGUUUAA